UGGUAGCGUUCUUUCCGAGAAGUGCAGAGGAUAGCUACGACUUCGUGCUUAGUCUGGUGAGGAACCAGAACGAAGGUUUAAGUACCUCGGCGUGGAAAGUCGUAGCAAGCAGUGUUGUGGGUUCCGGGUGGAACCUCAACAUCACGAUGGACGACGAGUCCUACAAGUUUAUAAGGCUGAAGGGAUUCAAACUGAAUUUCCGCUUCGGCAAGAUUGUGAUGCGGCCAUGGAGGCCCAAGGCUGCGUCCACGAGCCAAGAGGCCAAGACGGGGAUGAACGUAGCACCAGCUCCUCCCGUAGCUCGCCCAGCGGCGCAUGAGGCGACUGCAGCUGUGGCUUCGGGUAAGGACAGCGAAUCCCCCAGCGAACCCAUCUCGGCUGGGCAGGUUGCGACCGCCGCCGCGGAUGCAGAUGAGAGCAACGGGCAGGAAGGAAAGGUGUCAUUCACCCAGGAGCAGGAGGCGACUGCAUCUGUGGUUUCGGGGGAGGAUAGCGAAUCCCCCAGCGGACUCAUCUCGGCUGGGCAGGUUGCGACCACCGCCGCGGAUGCAGACGAGAGCAACGGGCAAGAAGAAAAGAUGCCAUCCACCCAGGAGCUUCUGGAAGGGUUGGAGAUGCAGGUCGAUGAAGGGGACGAAGACGGGGACCUGUCUCUCUUAGAACGGAUUCUGUAGGCUCCAGCACCGGCAUAGAAGUGGCCCAGGUGAACCUACAUCACGCAUCGGCAGCCUCGGCAGUCAUCGUGAAGAGGUUCAUCUCGGAUAACCUGGGCAUCCUUCUAAUCCAGGAACCUUGGGUGUUCAAAGGAGAGGUAAGAGGCCUCAACAUGAGAAGGAGCAAGAGUUUCUAACGCAAGACCUGGUGGCGGUGCAAGUGAAGGACAAGGAAGGAUCGGACUUCGUCCUUGCAUCCGCAUACUUUCCGGGAGAGUCAGCCACAGCACCCCCCCCAUCGAUACUUGGUCUGGUGGAGUAUUGUAAAUCCAACAAUCUCCCCCUGACCAUAGGAUGUGACGCAAAUGCUCAUCACACGGAAUGGGGUAGCACGAACUGCAACAUGAGGGGUGAGUCAC